AUGUCAGCUCUUUCAUACGACAGAAAUCUUCAAUCCUCUAUGCGUAUACCUCUCCCUUCUCCAUCUUCACCCAACCGACCUUACAUUCCCCCUCCACCUCUUCCUCCUGGAUCACCUUCACGACAAAUCUCCUUGACAUCAAUGUCUACCAACCCGGUCUCCACCCCAAUACCACCAAAGAAAUCGAAGAAACGAUCUUCUUUCUCUGAUCAUACAGCUAUGGAAGGAUCACAGGAUCUCACCAAAGUUCGUGCUUAUGCAGCCUGUCAAAGUUGUCGAACCAAGAAAAUUAGAUGUUUACCUGGACCUUCAAUUUCUCAAACUGGAUCUUUCCAAAACACGUCAAAUCAAGAUGGUCAAACACCAGGAGCAUGUCAACAAUGUAUUCAAGCAGGAAUAGAAUGCGUUUACUCUCCAACGAGAGAUAGAGCUGCAUACAGUCGACAAUACGUUCAAAAUCUUGAAGUUAGAGUAAAAGCUCUAGAAGCGAUCCAAGCUAGAGUCAUACCUCUUCUCGAAGCUUUUGAAGGCUCAAAUCCCAGUUCGAGCUCGAGCUCAAACAAUAAUCAAUCAGAUCCUGCCCAAAAACUUAUAACGACAAUUUCCCCUAUAAACACUGCUCAGCCUGCGUUACAAGGAAUCCGUUCGGUGAAUGCAAUGGAGUCAGAGGUAGAUGGUGAAGGUGAAAGUCAAGAAGAAGAGGUUGUUCAAGGAUCUGAUGUUGAAGAUGGUGGUCAAAUGACACAAGAUGAAAGGGGGAAUUAUAGAUAUAUCGGUUCAUCGAAUACUUUAUCUUUACUUGAUUCUUUUUCUCAUCGAGAUCGAGAUCGUGAUCGUGAUCGUGAUCGAGACCGCGAAAAAGAUAAUGGAAUGAUGACACCAGGAGGUCAAGUAUCAAGAUCAAAUUCAUCUGUUUCACGUCCAAUAAAUCAGCAAUCUGAAUCAAAUUCUCGUCAAUCACCAGCUGUUUCCGACCAUACGACUCGUAAUCCAAAUCCUUAUUUCGGUCACGUAGCUGGAUCAGGAGUAGUGAAGGCUCUACCACCCAUACACGAAGUACAAUGGCCACCAACGGAAGAAGCAAUGAGAAUGAUUGACGCAUACUUUGAAGAAGUUCAUCCUUGUUUACCUAUCGUACUGGAACAUGAAUUUAGGAAGGAAUUUACAGAUGUAAUGGAUUCAAGAGGUAGAGGAGAAUUACCUUCACAAGGACCUUUUCUGGCAGUUAUAUUCGCCAUAUUCGCUCUGGGCGAAAGAGUCAUCGUCACCUCACGGGCUUGGCAAAGAGAGAGAAAGAAAUUCCAGGAUAAUGUCCAAGGAGAUAUCGAUACCGUUCUUCCGGGGGAAGCAGAGGCAGGGGUCAUUUGGUAUGAAAGAGCUCAAAUACUUCAUUAUACCUGUCUUAAAGAUCUGAACAUCAACCAAGUUCAAUGUCUCACUCUUAUGGCGGCUUUUCAAGCUAGUGUCAAUGCGAUGCCAAUGUCGUGGCUUCUUGCUGGUCAAGCAUUACGUGUUGCACAGGAUCUAGGUCUUCAUCGAUCCACUUCUAGACUUCCAAUCCCUUUCACCGAGAAACAACUUCGUUCUAGAUGUUGGUGGGCAAUCUACGGCUUAGAGCGAAUGAUGUCUAUCUCCCUUGGUAGACCUCUGGGAGUGGAUGACUUGGAUAUCGAUGUGGCGUACCCUGCAGAAAUCGAUGAUUCCGCCUUGGAAAGAAUGUCUCGAGAAGGUACGCCGACGAGCCUUACAAGCGGAAACGAUGAACCCCUCGGAUCAACAAUGUCUGGUUUCAUCGCUCUCACAAAACUAUCUAAGAUCGCAGGAACGGUAGCCCAUCUUCUUUAUAGGCCGGCCAAUGAACGUUCUGUUUCUGAUCCUUCUUGGGCUGCGUCUCAGCAGACUGCAAUCAACAAGGUGGACAAAUUGCUGAGAGAAUGGUUAGAUCAUGAUGUACCUCGAAAGUAUAAAGACCCUUCUGAUAAUCGACCAGUCGCACUUGUAUCUGCUAUACUUUCAAACUCGUAUUUUGCGGUGCUCAUCACCCUUCACCGAAAUUUCCUACCUUCCAAUCCUGAUUAUCCGCGUCCCAAGCCGCCUCCGUCUUCUCAGUCACUCGCCAAAUGUGUCGAGGCCGCACGUUCAGUGAUUUACAUUGCCUCACAAUCACGAACCCUAGUUCCGCCUACACACCAUCUAGCAGUAUAUUGUCAAUAUCUGUGGUCAUCAGCAGUAAUCCUGUUGCUAUGUGAAGUGCAGGCGAGGGAUCAACUAGUCAUCGAAACUGUAGGAUCUCAUGUCGAUUCUUGUAGAAGAACGUUGCAAGCUCUUGAACCAGUUUGGCCUGGAUCACGCAAAUUGAAAGAAUUACUCAACGAUGUAUCAAAUCGAGCAAAAGAAGUAGCAACCGUAUCAAAAGUUGAUCCUCGAGGAAAUGGGAAGAAGCGUAAAAUUAAUCUUUCGUCCGAAUCAAAGAGUUUACCUAAUGUACCUGGUCAAAUGAGACCGCCACCUAAAAUAAUCCCAUCUUCAUCUUCAUCAGCUUCACCUUCUCAUCCAUUACUGAACCAAUCCCGCCAUCCUCAACGACAAGGAUCUGAUUCAACGAUCAAUGGUCGUAACCCUGAAAAGAGACAGAGAACUUACGAAACUUCUGAUACGCGUACACUUGUAACGUCGGAAGAUGCAAAUCCUCAAAACAUUCAAAAUCUUCAUCAAACUCAAAUACAGAAUCAAAACCCGUACUAUGCUAUACAUCCUUAUCCAUCUUCGACUCCAACACAGACUUCAGCUAUCCCACCUGAUCUGAACCCAAGUAACUAUUCUCUUGAUGUCGGUGUAUAUGAUUCGUUCGAUCUGGGAGGAGUUUCUUUUAACCCUUCAGAACUUUUACAAGGCUUUGGUGAUUCAGCUUCUAGUUUCUGGAAUCAAAUGACCUUUAUAGGUGAUAAUAACAACAAUAACAGCUCGGGGACUCCUUAUACAGGUGGUCAAAUUUUCUCAGGUCACAAUACACCUAAUUCAACUACCGGAUCAGGUCCAUCUCCAGGUAUAAUCCCUCAACCACAAAGUCAUUCCCAACCUCAACUUCAGACACAAACGCAAACCCAAUCUCAAGCGAACCAACAGAUUUAUGACGCAGGCCAGAGCCAUAGUUCUCAAACUCCCACCAGCCAAGGUCAGGCGCAAAGACCAGGACAGGUGGAUCCAUUCGCGGAAUUCUGGGCACAAGUAGCUGGGAACACGUUUGAUUGGCAGGCUGAUCCUAGUGUCCCCUUCAAUAUCUAA